CUCUAUGGUUUUCAACAAAAAAUAAACAGUACGCAUUUUCAUAAACGCUGUUUGCGUGAAUAACGAUUGUAGAAGAUAUUGUUUUUCUUUAUUUUACCAAGAAAUUUAGUUAUCGAUGGGCGACCGCUACAACAUCCACAGCCAGCUAGAGCACCUGCAGUCCAAGUACAUCGGCACGGGCCACGCCGACACCACCAAGUUCGAGUGGAUGGUGAACCAGCACAGGGACUCGUGCGCCUCCUACAUGGGCCACUUCGACCUGCUCAACUUCUUCGCCAUCAGCGAGAACGAGGCGAAGGCCCGCGUGCGGUUCAACCUCAUGGAGAAGACGUUGCAGCCGUGCGGGCCCCCGCCCGAGAAGCCCGAGGACUAGGCCCCGCAGUUCCCGCCUUGUCGAGCACGCAUGGACCAAAGUGGUUAUGUAUGGCGGGUUUUUUUUAUUUCGAGACUACCUGCAAUCAAGUCACUUUUUUCAAAUUUGUUCUGUGGAUGUAAUGUGUAGUUGCAGUUUGUGAUGGUCAGUACUGGUUUUGAUGCAAUGUGUGUUAUUCAUGUCCAAUCAAAGUAAAAUCUUAGCAUCUCUAAAUCAUUACGACAGGCCCUGGACUAUUCCUUCACCUGUUUUCUGAAGCCAGCUGCGAGAAGCCAUCAGCAAAUGUCGCUGCAACUACGAGGAAGAGCCUCGCCAAGCAGUCUGUGUUAUUGCAGUAGUUUUGAACUCCCAGUUUCACUGCUGAUUGAUCAUAUGUUCUUUGUCCAGACGUACCAAUGAAAAUUGUGACUGUACAACCCAUUUGUUUUAUUGCUAUAGGAUAGUGAACGUGUUUUAAAUAAAUCAUUUGAUUCUUAAA